AUGAAUAAUGUUUUUAGCUUUUCUAUUCUUGGUAAAUUAAAUAUAAGGACUCAACUCAAUUCGGCUUAUCGCAAUGAUCUAAUUAAACAUAAUAAUCAAGUGGAUAAGAAUCGAUAUGUAUUGAAUAAAAUUAUUAAUUGUAUAAGGUUUUGUGGAGCAUUUGAGUUAGCCUUAAGGGGUCACGAUGAAAAGGAAAAUUCGGAAAACAGAGGCAUAUUUAAGGAGCUGGUGAAUUUUAGCGCCGAAUUAGACAACGAAUUGAAAGUCCAUAUUCAAAGUGCCAAACUUUUCAAGGGUACCUCAAAAACAACUCAAAACGAGCUUCUUGAGUGCAUGCUAGAUGUUUAUCAUGAAGAAGUUAAGAAGGAGAUUGCAAAUUCUCCUUUUGUUGCAGUAAUUGCCGAUGAAACGACUGACGUAGCCUGUGAAUUUCAAUAUUUGUGUAAAGGACAACCAGUUGAGAGAUUUUGGAGUUUUUACGUCCCCGACGGACACGAUGCCAAAUCAAUCGCUGCAUGCGUUUUAAAUGUUGUAAAUCCAUUAAUAGAUCAAAAUCCAAACAAAUUAAUAGCUCAAAGCUAUGAUGGUGCGUCUGUUAUGAGUGCAAAUGCUAGCCGAUUCAGAAGAGUAUCAUGUUCGACACAGUCAAAAGCCAUGCUGAGGUCACACAGGGCUGCCCCUUGCAACAGUUUCAUCCUAAAAUGUAUGGAUAGCAGUGUUUGUGGGUGCGAGCAGCAAUUUAACAGGAUAAUUUUGACGCAUUGCACCAGUCCGAAGCAAUACAGCUCGGCAGCUUCCAAUAAAAUCAAAAUCAAAAACAAUGUUGAAAACCCAAAAACCGUCUACGAUCUCUUUCGCAUUGGAAAUAGUUCACGUGCAAGGAAGAGGAGUAGGGAUAUUGUCAAAGCGGUUUCUGAUUUGAAAAGCUUACAUGAGCAAGUCAAUUCUGCCGAAGAAAACCCUCUUGACGUGUUUGGGAAGAGUGUUGCAUCGCAACUUAAAACGUUUUCGGUAGAAAAUGCCUUAUUAGCUCAGUGUCGAAUCCAAAGCCUUUUGAGCGAAAUCGGUAUCAAGGAUUACAGAGAAAAGUCUGCGCCGAAUAACAGCAGUCAAAGAUCAUCUUCUGUAUUUUCAAAUUUCACUGAUGUUAAUUAUACAUCCACUGCGUCAACAGAUCAUGUGACAAACAGAUUUGAUGACCUCACCUCAGAAUCGGACACUCUUCGCACCACGAAUGAUAUUUUAACGUUAGCUAUGGUUGCUGCCUGUGACAGUGACAUGCGGAACGAACAAGUUUAA